AUGUUUAAAGUCAAGGAGCUUUUGCUCUCGCCGGAGAUCUUCGAGGAUCCCAUCUUUAGAACCCAUCUGCGGUGCUUUCGAUGGUACGGAUAUGUGGCAUCCAAGGAUCAGAAGAGACCAUGGUUUAGUCUCCUGCGUUGCACCGUUUUCACGGCCUCCAUUUGGCUAAGCUGCGCUUUAAUGCUGGCCCGGGUUUUCCGGGGCUUCGAAAAUCUCAAUGAUGGGGCCACAAGUUGGGCCACUGCUGUCCAGUAUUUCACAGUAUCCAUCGCCACUUUAAAUGCCUAUGUGCAAAGGGAAAGAGUAAUUUCCCUUCUGCGAGUGGCCUUCGAAGAUAUCCAGAACUUAAUGUUCGUGGCAGAUAACCGAGAGAUGGAUCUCCUGGCCGCCACGCAGGUAUAUACCCGAACCAUUACCUUGAUACUGUGGGUGCCAUCGGUCAUUGCCGGCCUGAUUGCCUAUUCGGACUGUCUCUACAGGACUUUGUUUCUACCAAAAUCGGUAUUCAAUAUGGCUGCAGUGCGACGAGGGGAGGAGCAGCCCAUUCUGCUGUUCCAACUGUUUCCCUUUAGAGAACUAUGCGAUAACUUCGUAGUCGGCUUUUUGGGACCCUGGUACGCUAUAGCUCUGGGAAUAACCACAGUUCCAUUAUGGCACACCUUUAUCACAUGCUUCAUGAAGUACGUGAACCUUAAGCUGCAGAUUCUCAACAAGCGGGUUGAAGAGAUGGAUAUCACACGACUAAACCCAAACUUGGUAUUAAAUCGGCUGUCAGCCAAAGACCUAACCUAUUGGCGAUUGCAACUCCUCAAGGAAUUUGUUGAGGAACAACGGAGACUUCGGAAAUUUAUUCAGGAGCUACAGUGUCUAAUUUGCGUCCCCGUCAUGGCCGAUUUCAUUAUCUUCUCGGUUCUCAUGUGCUUUCUCUUUUUUGCCUUAACAGCUGGCGUCCCCAGCAAAAUGGAUUACUUCUUUAUGUUUAUUUAUCUCUUUGUGAUGGCUGGCAUACUGUGGAUCUACCAUUGGCAUGCCACAUUAAUUGUUGAAUGUCACGAUGAAUUGUCCCUUGCCUACUUUUCGUGUGGAUGGUACAACUUCGAGUUGUCCUUGCAGAGGAUGCUGGUCUUUGUGAUGAUGCAUGCCCAAAGGCCGAUGAGGAUGCGAGCCCUGCUGGUCGAUCUGAAUCUGAGGACCUUCAUAGACAUUGUUCGUGGGGCCUACAGCUACUUCAAUCUGCUGCGUAGCUCUCACUUGAAUUAA